AUGAAGGCAUCUCAGAUUCUAGCGUUUAAACAAACGGCAGAAACUUUUCUUACAAGACCGUGGAAAACCUAUAGAGAUGGAACGUUAUUCUAUGGUCAGUCUAAAUCAGGAAACAAGAGGCUUCCUCUAUCGACUAAACAAGGUAACAAGAACUUCUAUAAAGGUACCAGAUCUUCUGGUAUUGGACGGUUAAACAAAUUUGGAAAAUAUAAGAUUGACUAUAACCGGGUGAGGACGUUUGUUGUUCCGGAAACGUUGGACGAAUGUGUUCUGAAGCCAUUAGUUAGCUCGAAGGCUCCUAUUCCAAAGAAUUCUUUCAAAGGAUACGAUUUGGGAGCCGUUGACGGACGACUGUAUUUGGACAAGAUCAAGGAAUUUAUUGAGACGGGAAAGACUGAAUUUCCACGUAGUGAGACGUAUGUUGAGAGGGGAUGA